CAAUAAACAGAAAGUAAUUCUUGGUGCAGUCUGUAAAGAAAUACAGGGGCAUAAAACUGGUGACCUUCAAUUCCUACUGAAUCAGUUGGGCUGUCAGUUUGAAAGAAAGGAGAAAGCAUUCAUUUGUAAUCUGAUCCCUUCAAUUAAAGGGGCCAUGAAAAGACUCCUAGUUAGAGCAUAUUUGUAGUCAAGAUCUGCCACACAGACAAGGAUUAGAAGUGAUGGAAAUGCAACCCUUCAAGGUGGGUUUUUAAAGGAGCUUGUUGCCUUGAUGUAAGACUGAAUCAUCUUUUUAACAAGAGUAUAUAGUCAGUAGCCUUUGUUCUUUGCUAAGUUUCCUGAUGGAGGUAUUUAAAAUAAUUAAACUACUUAGUUUUCUUUUUUGAUAGGCAAAAGAGGUGAAGCUGUACUGCACAUCCCAAUGCAAUGCCUGGAGCUCUUUUCCAAAACCUCCGAGCUUUUCAAGCUUGUUCAAAAUGCCCAUGAUGUAUCCUGAAAGCUGCCAGUGAAUCAGUUGGGUUUGGUGAUGUGCUAUUGCACACGUUUUGUGUCUGUGAAUGUUGGUGAGAAAAUUGGUCCCAGAUGGAUAGGUCAUGUUUUGCUGUGAAAUAGCCUUUCAUAAAAGACUGGAUGGAUCUGAUGGAAUAUCCCUGUGAGAAGAGCAUGUGCUUCCUGCCAGCUGCUUAGGGUUCUCCUUCAUGACGGACCUAUGGAAAAUAAUGAUCCAUACUUUUAGCUGAAGGAAUGCUGUGUGGUCUGUUUAGCAUGCCUGUUUUCAGGUCACUGUCUCAGAUCUCCCUGUGGGAUCAUAGAACAGUUUCAUGGGAAACUCACACCUUUGACUCCAAUGUAAAAGGGAGUUGCACAAACAUAUGGGCAGGUCAUUAUGUGAUACACAAGAAAGAGGGCUCCUUUGCCAGUAGUAGAUUUCCAUGUGACCCAAAUCCAGGACAAAAUGGAAUCUAAUGGAAUUCUCCUACUCAGGUUGAAGAGGGUGCAAUAAGCCUGUGGAACUGGGCUGUGACCAAACACACGGGUUCUGUUGUCAAUGAUGAGCAAAGAGCUAAACUACGGUUUGUUGCCUGCAGGUUGGUGUGCCUUUGUGAAGGCAGUGAUCCUCCAGAGGCAACUAUCCGAAGACAGAUUUUGAUGUCUAUGAAAACUGGAAAAGGAUGGAUAGAUAUUGGAAAGCCUGAUCUUGCUGAUGAGUUUCUGGAGAUUGCCAUGAAUAGUAUAGAAAAACUGUAUACGAAGUUACUUGAGGGGAGCGAUGGUGAAGCAGAUAUUCAUGUGCACAAAGCUGAUGUGGAGAAGCACCUCUUCAAAGUACUUUCUUAUCAGGCUGAAUCAGGAGUUGCUCAAGGGGAUUUUCAGAAAGCAGUGAUGUGUGUGCAGCGCUGCAAAGAUAUGUUGAUGAAUUUGCCAAAAGAGACCUGUUACUUGUCAAUCCUCUGUUACAAUUUUGGAGUGGAAAGCUAUGAACUGAAGAGGUAUGAACAGAGCUCCUUCUGGCUCAGUUCUUCAUUCGCAGCAUUUUCCAUCGAAUCUGCUUUUGUGGAAUUACCAGUGUGUUUUCUCCCAGGUGGUCCUUUGUGCUGUCAUUUAACUUCCAGGCAAAGAGUGGGGAAUCAUAACUCCAGCCAGAGCUAUGACAUUGGGAAGAUGGACAUAAAAUAUUCUCUUGGCAAAGAAAUGCAGGCUAAAGUGCUGCGGUUGUUGGCUACAGCCUAUUUCGAGUGGGAUUGCAAUCUGUAUCUUGACAAGGCAUUGAAAGCUGUGAGCUUGGCAAAUCAGGAGGAUUUGCAUCCAGCAGGGUUCUUCUUGAAAGUGAAAAUCCUUCUUAAAAGUGGAGCAUCAGAUGAAGAUAUCAACUCAGCUGUUGCAGAAUUUCUGCACCAUGAGAUGUCUUUAGACUUUUGUCUGAAUACUGCCAAACUGCUGCUGGAGCAUGGAAGGGAAUCAGUUGGUUUUGACUUUCUGAAGUCUGUUUCUGAACAAUUUGAAUCUUCACCUAACCAUGGAAGAAUUACCCUGCUCCACAUCGAGUUCCUGUUGCAGAGUAAGAGAGAGCUGCUUGCUAAGCAGAAGAUUGAAGAAAUUAUUAUAGGUUAUUAUACUGGGAAACGGCUGUUGCCUGAAGCCUUGAACCAGCUGCACAUCAUCUUGUGGGACAUGGCUGCCAAACAUUAUGAGGCAAAAAGCUAUUCUGAAGCUCUUCACUGGUACAAUUAUUCUGUCAGUUUCUACACCCCUGGGCAGAUAGAUCAGAACUUGGCUAAGCUGCAGAGGAACAUGGCUUCUUGCUAUCUUCACCUGAAACAAGUUGACAAGGCUAAAGAGGCAGUUAAAGAAGCAGAGAGAUGUGAUCCAAACAGCAUCUUUACUAAAUUCAGUGUCUAUAAAAUUGCAGUGAUGGAGAAAGAUACUAAUAAAGCUGUGGAAGCAGUUAUUGAAAUGGGGAAGCUAGCAGAAAAGUCAUCUCAACAUGAAGACAAGCUGAGAGGGGAGGAAAAUACAGGCACUAACCUCCUGAGUUUAGCUGCCCAAAUUGCUUUAGAGAAUGAGCAGCAAGUUGUGGCUAUCAAAGCUUUGGAGUAUUUGGCUGAACAUUUACAAGACUGUCGACAAUUAUUUGCAGCUUUAAAAUGUUUGGUUCGUCUUACGUUGUCAAAAAUCAUGGCAGAAAAUGAAGAGAAAAGAGGUGAAGAUAUCAACUCGAUGCUGACUUACUUGACCUUGGCUCACAAGAGACUUGCUGAGUCUUUCACAGAUGAAAAAUUUACAGGGGACAUGAAGGUCCUCGAAGCUCACUGGUUUAGGAAAGUUGCUUGGAACUUGGCUGUACAGCUCAGGGGCUGCCCUGGAAAGAUGAGGGAUUUUUUCCUGCUGUCAUUCAAGUUGUCCCAGUUUUGUCCUUCAGACAAAGCUGUUCUAAUUGCCCAGAAGACAUGUCUGUUAAUGGCAGCUGCAGUUGAUCUGGAAAUGGGGAGACAGUCAGUACCACGUUCUGAACAGGUGGAGCUUCUGAGUCAGGCUCUUCAGCAUCUCCAGGCAUGCAAGGAGAUCUGGAAAAUUCUGAAGCUAACAGGAGAUUUUGCUAAAGACCCAACAGACACAUUGCUGCUGCUUUAUGAAUUUGAAGCAAGAUCCAAACUGAAUGAUCCAGCACUCCACAACCUUAUGGAGUCAGUUUGGGAGCAACCACAAAUAGAGGUCAAGACACUAGAAAUUAUUGCAUCAUUAGCAAUGGAAUCUCCAGCUCGGUAUCCUGUACUGUGUAAGAAAGCUCUCAAGAGUGCAUUAAACCUUCACAGAAAGCAGGCUGUCAUUGAUGUUGAGAAAUUCAGCAAAUGCUUACAUAGUUUGAUAAAUCUCUCUUUACCAACUGGAUUAACAGACCUGGAUGCCUGUGUACUGCAGGAGGUGUGGGACUACUUUGAAGAUGGUCUGAGCAUAAUCAGCAGCACAGAUGCUUACCCAGAGAUGGAGAUCCUUUGGUUGAUGACAAGAGCAUGGAAUACGGGAGUAUUUCAGUAUACUGUUGGGAAAUGUAGGGAAGCUGAGCAGUGGUGUGGAUUAGGAAUGCGCUUCCUCAAUCACUUAGGAUCUCUGAAGAAAACCUAUGAAGGCCAUAUGAUUGGCCUUUAUAGUGAGGUUCUGGACAAACUGGACAGAGCAAAAGGCUUUCUUUCAAACGAGCAAGAAUAAUGAGAGUCACAACUGCAAAAAGGAGGACAGGAGUAUCCCUUGGAAACGUUCUGCUGGAUGAAAGAGGCCAUCAGCUCUACGGAAGCGUGGUGUCAGGGGAGCAGUGCAAGAGAAGCCAGAUCUCCUUGUUAGUGAUUA